AUGAAUCCCAGGGAAGUGCCGCCCUUCCCGAGCAGCAGCCACGAGUACACGGGUGCCAGCAGUGAAGAUCCGGGCCACCAAAUCGUUGGUGGCGACAACGAGAGUGGCCCGUGUUGUGGACCUGACACUUUAAUUCCACCGCCCCCUGUGGAUGCUUCUCUGUUACCUGAGGGGCUUAGGACCUCCCAGUUAUUACCUUGCUCACCCAGCAAGCAGUCAGAGAAUGGUCCCAAACCCUCCAACCAAGAAGGGAAGUCCCCUGCUCGGUUCCAGUUCACGGAGCAGGACCUGCACUUCGUUCUGUACGGGGUCACUCCCAGCCUGGAUCACCCAGCCAGCCUGCACCAUGCGAUUUCAGGACUCCUGGUCCCCACAGACAGCUCUGGGUCUGAUUCCCUUCCUCAAACUCUGGAUAAAGACUCCCUUCAACUUCCAGAAGGUCUAUGCCUCAUGCAGACUGUGUUUGGUGAAGUCCCACAUUUUGGUGUGUUCUGCAGUAGUUUUAUUGCCAAAGGAGUCAGGUUUGGGCCCUUUCAAGGUAAAGUGGUCAACGCCAGUGAAGUGAAGACCUAUGGAGACAAUUCUGUGAUGUGGGAGGUAAAUCUGUUUCUGCUGGGUCUGCUGCUGAAAGUGGUGCGGGAGACUAGCGGGGGGAAAUCUUGGCCUUUGCCCUUCUGGGAGAAUCCUGGUCAGAGAGAGAGGACAUCCAGGGCAGAUACUUGUGGUUUGUGUUGCCUGUAA